GAGAUUCUCAUGGAAAUUUGCAUACAAAUUGCGUCUGGCGCGUACGAAGCCGUCGGUUUUGGUGGGCGGUGGCGGGAUAUAUGUACUAUAUGUAAAGUGUACACACGGGCGAAAGGAUGGGGACAGAUGGCCCGACAUGCGUAUGGGGUUAACGAAGGGUUAACACAACACAAAAAACCAAAAACUGGCGCUACAAAAAAAAAGAAGAGAAAACAGAAAUGUAAAAUAAAACAUUGCCAGCAACAGCGGCACCUGACAACUGUCAAAUUUUGUGGGUUACCAUCGAUAAAUAAAAUGCGGGGACAACUUUAUGACGGCGGAGGGAGACAGAUUCUCUGACAGAUUCAUUGAGGAUAUUAUUUAAUAGUUUUAAAGAAUGAAAGGGAUUUUUUUAGAAUCUAAGCAACAAAGCAGCAAGCUUUCCAAACUAUCCAGACUUAAUUUAAAUCGCACGAUUUGACUGUACUGUCGCACUGAGAAAGCGAGAGUUAGUUAACGAUGGGCAGCAUCGAGGACAUCAUCUGGACGAUUAAGCACGGCGAGUACGAUGAGGUGGAGCGCUUUUUCCUGGCCGGCUGCCACAAUGUCAACGAUCAGAUGGGCGUCCGCUUUCCCCUGCACUAUGCCGCCGACUUUGGCCAGCUGAAGCUGCUCAAGUUCUUCGUGCGGAUUGGGGCGGAGGUGGAUCGCAAGGACAAGUACGGGAUCACACCGCUCUUGGCGGCCAUCUGGGAGGGUCACACGCGCUGCGUCGAGUUCCUGCUGCAGAUGGGCGCCAGUCGCACGGAGAGGACGCCCCAAGGUCAGAGCUACGCGGAGGCAGCCGAGCAGGACGACAUCCGACGUCUUUUGGCCCAGGAUUCCAGUUAGAGUUCCCUUGGCAUUCCACUUGCAUACUGCUAUCUACAUUUUGUAAAUUCAUAGUGCACGAUUAAUAGAUUCUUUGUUUAGUUGGCCGGUAAUUAAAA